UUUAGUGACAUUCAUUUACAGUACGUAGUGUUUAUUUAUUGAAAUAAGUCGAAUUUAUCUAUUUAGAAUUGAGCUUUAAAUGAAGUCACCUAUGAAAUUGGCUUCUUUAUUUUCAUAGCAGUUGUAAAGUGAAAUUGCAUUAUGAGUGGUGUAAAUGUUCCCAAUCGUAAUGAACAUAUAGUUCCGCGAAAGAUUAAGCCACAGAAUAUUGUUUGUCAUUUAAUGAGACGCGAACAUGGCAUUGGUCAACGGCCUGGCACACAUCAACAUACGAUUCGCGAUUUUUACAAAUGUAUCCAUCCAAAUUUAACGGUGAUAAAUGUUGAAAAGCCCGCAGGGUUCUUGCGCAAAUUUAGUCCAAAUGGUCAAUUUUUGAUCGGAUUCACUUUAGAUCAGACGGCAUUAGAAGUAUAUCAGUUUAAUGGAGUCGCUGCUGCUGCAAAACUGGUCAAUGCAUGGAAAACUGAAAUCGUUCCAAACGCAAACACAGAUUUACCGUACACAAUACGAAGUCAAAUAUUCGAUAAAUUAUUCAAGUUAAAAUGGACAGUGAAUGUGGCAACUGCUGGCAAACAAUUAAACAGAGAAUGCAGUCUUUUCACAAAUGACAGUAGAUAUGUUAUCGUUGGUGCUGCAUCAUACAUCGUAGAUGAACAAAGGCCUCCUUUUUACGAUUUGUACACAACAAACGAUGGGAUAACACCAACGCUUAGGUCGCCACUCGAAGAUUACUCAAUUUUUUGUCUUGAUUUGCACAUGGGACGCGUGACAGGCAGCAUUAACUAUAAAUGUGAUAAAAUAUUUCUUUCGCACAAUCAGGGCAUUUAUUUGUACAAUCAUUUGUUCGCUGUUCUAUCGGUGCAGCAUCAAACAAUAUACCUGUAUGAAGUUAUUGACGGCGUUUUCUAUAAUAUUUUAAAAAUUGGUCGCUUUUGCAGCGAACAAGAUGUGUAUUUGUAUAAUUUAGUGAAUGAAACACAAAUUCCUGUGCGUGAGGCCACUAUAGGGAGUCUGAAACAUCGGUUUUUAGUUCAUUUAUAUAGAACCGCCAAAGCUGAAUCCGAACGAAUAAAUAAUCAAUAUCCUCUGCGUAAAUUUUAUCAAUUUUUCGAUCAAUAUCGGCAACUGCGUAUUUGGAAGAUGCAAUUACUUGAUGAAAAUUUACUCUUAAUCAAAUAUGCCAGCGAAGCAGUUGUCACACUCAAAGCGCACGAACCAAAUAGCCAACCCGCCUUUUUUGUCUUUUAUAGCAUUCGUGAUAGUGAAGUUUUGGCCGUUUACGAUAAUCAAUCGGAUGAUUUAUUAUAUUUGUUCGAGAAUUUCAGUGAUAGUUUUCGCAAUACUUGGAUGCAUCAUCCAAUGCAGUUUUCAUGUUCUCCCAACAAUAAUCUAUAUGCCAAAUUGCAACAAAAUCGCUUCAAACAGACGAUUGUUAGUGCCCGUGGUGGUGGUGUUGUUGAAGCAACUAAAAGACUUCUCUCUCAAUUACCGAUUAGUGCUCAAAGCUAUAGCAAUUCUCCGUACUUAGAUUUAAGUUUGUUCAGCUAUGAUGAUAAAUGGGUUUCGAUGUUGGAGCGACCAAAAGCAUGUGGCGAAUAUCCAAUUCGAUUUUUUGGACGUGACUCGGGUCUAUUGAAAUUUCGUAUCUAUCCCGGACUACAAGAUCGUCGCUCUCAACCUGUACGACGUUUGGUUGCCUUUACAUUUCAUCCAUUUGAACCGUUUGCGAUAAGUGUUCAGCGCAUUGACAAUGACUAUGUCUGUAACUUUCACCUACGUAAUUCUGAAACGGAAAUUCUUAAGUAGCAAUUGCUGUGAUGUUAAAUGAAGAGCUCAACUUUUAAAAUGAAAAAAUAUUGAAAUUGGUUUUGUAAUUUCAUUUCGUAUCAUCGAAACAACUGUCAACACUUUGAAAAUAUGUAUCUUUCGAUGUCAAUUUAUAUUUAAACAUGUUCUUUUUUUAUUUACAGACAUUGAAUAAAGUACGUUUAUAAAUAAAAAGAAA